AUUUAUGUAUAAGUAUCUCCAAAUUUCCAUAAAUGUGUUAAUGUUACGUUGAAAAAAGAUAAAGGACAGCAUCUAGACAAUUAUAUCAUACCCAUUUCCCAAUUCCCAGAUCGGAUCUCUCUCUAGCUCUCUCCUUCUCUCUCGCUUCCUGUCUUUCUCUCUAUCCCAAUAUCUUCUCCUCAACUUCAGUUUCAGGUAAAAUUUUGAGUGCUGAGAUUGAGCUCUGAAUAGUCAGUGCUUGCAUGUGAGUUUUGGAGCUGUUAAUGAGCUUUAUUUGCUGAAAUUCUGGAAGGGUUUUGUUGGGUAUUGGAUCAGUUGACAUUGAAAAUCACAUGCACCAGGUCUCCUUUGUGUGUUAAUAUGUUUUAUAUAAUCUAUUUAUCAAAUUUUGUGGGCAAUGAAUAAUGUUAUAGAUCAUCGGACAAGUUUGAUAAGGUUUGGGGAGUAUAUUCAUGGCUUUGAAUUAGAGCAAGGAAGGAGAUGGUAGAGGAUGAUUUAGAUACAAAGAGGGUUGAAAUUACUGGAAGCAAGUGCACUCAAAGUGGAAGUCUUCGAAGGGAGCCUUCAUUUUCUGGUUGGUGUGAUGAAGAUGGGAAAUUAGAGUUGGAUCAUCAUUUGAGGAAUAGUGAUGCAAGAGUAGAAGAUUCUGAUUUUGAAUUGCCUUUGGUUCAACAAGGUGAGAUAGAACCAAAUAUUGUAGGUACACACAGGUAUUUUAUUACUGAAUAUAAUCCAAUGAGUAUCCCCUUGAGUGGUGGGGAUAGCAUGGAUGACACUUCAAUCCAUGUUGAGAGAGAUAUAAAAGAGAAAUAUGAGCCUUUUGAUAUUGAGAUUGAGUCUGCAAAGAAGAUAAAUGUUGCAGAUGGAUCCGUUUCUUGUCAUAAUCAUAAGCAAGUGCCAGGAAAAACGAAUAAUCUUAUAUCUGCCCCCGAUAUUUUGAAGACAUUAUUUUUCAUUCUUGUUUGGUACACCUUCAGCCUGUUUCUUACAUUGUAUAACAAGAGUUUGUUAGGGAAUGACUUGGGGAAGUUUCCAGCACCCCUAUUGAUGAACACUGUCCAUUUUACAAUGCAAGCUGUUUUAUCAAAAUCAAUCACAUGGUAUUGGUCUGAGAGAUUCCAAACUAAUGUUGUUAUGUCAUGGAGGGAUUAUUUUAUGAGAGUUGUACCAACAGCUCUUGGGACAGCAAUGGAUAUUAACUUGAGCAAUGCAUCUCUUGUUUCUAUAUCAGUCACGUUUGCCACGAUGUGUAAAUCAGGCGCUCCUAUAUUUCUUCUUCUAUUUGCUUUUGCUUUUAGGUUGGAGUCUCCAAGCAUUAAACUGUCAGGCAUAAUUUUAGUAAUCUCCCUUGGAAUAUUAUUAACAGUUGCAAAGGAAACAGAGUUUGAGCUUGGGGGUUUCAUUCUUGUUAUGCUUGCUGCUGUUAUGUCUGGCUUCCGGUGGUGCAUGACUCAAAUUCUUUUGCAAAAAGAAUCCUACGGAUUAAAAAACCCGCUGACCCUGAUGAGCUAUGUAACUCCAGUGAUGGCAGUGGCAACCGGUAUUCUCUCGUUAAUGCUGGAUCCAUGGAAUGAGUUUAGAAAGAAUGAUUACUUCAAUAAUCCAUGGCAUGUCACUCGAAGCUCUUUGCUGAUGCUCCUUGGUGGAACUCUUGCAUUUUUUAUGGUGUUAACAGAAUACAUUCUUGUCUCAGUAACUAGUGCUGUUACAGUGACAAUAGCAGGCGUUGUGAAGGAGGCUGUCACAAUAUUGGUUGCAGUCAUUUAUUUCGGUGAUGAGUUUACUUGGCUAAAAGGAGCAGGCCUAUUCACAAUCAUGAUUGGUGUUAGUUUAUUCAACUGGUACAAAUACAAUAACCUUCAGAAGCAUCAUCACACAAGUGAAGACAUGGAGUCUUCUACAACUAAUGUUGCUGCAAAAUAUGUCAUUCUUGAGGAGAUGGAUGAGCAAGAAAAUGGUAGUUGAAAGCCUUAUUCAUAUGUUCACCUGAGAAAUCUCACCUUCAAUGUUUUCGCAAACAAACAAAAAUUUCGUUAUUCAAAUUUGCACGUUGACGAAGAUUUACAGGAAGCAGUUUUGGUUAGUUUCAAUUUUAUAGCCACAUUUGCAUUUAUUUCUUCUUCUUUUUGGGGUUUUCUAAUCAGGGGUUCUGUCAAAGCAUUGGAAUCAAAAUCUACCAUUGGGCUCUUCACAAUCAAACAAGCUUGUUGGUGAAAAUCGACUCAUUAGUUUGUACAAGCUCCCUGGAUUCCCCAUGUUUUUCCCCAAUAUAAUAUUCUCUCUUUGUAGCUAAAAUAGGGGCCAAAGAUUACAACUUCAAGUUGAAAUGGUUUGAGUGCUACUUUUGUCUUUGGAAUUUUAUGCCAUCAUUUUGGAUGUACAUAAUAAAUGAUUUUUUUUUUUUUUUUGAUAACAACAUAAUAAAUGACUUGAGCUUGUGUUAUCCCU